AUGGCUGAUGUGAUGCACCGUUCUAUCUGCGCUCAUCAAAUGGCACAACUACACCGCAGGCAGAAGUUCUUCAUCCUGUUCGCCAACUAUCUACCACUCGCGGAUGAUGUUCGUCGUUCGCCUUCACACUGCCCGACAACGAGACUGCUUCACGCCGUUCUUCGCUCACCAUGCUGCUCGCCUACUCGCCCAGCUACGCAGACAACAUCCGCCUGGCUACGCCAACUGCAAGCCUCUGCUGCCAUGUUCGACAACGCCGUGUCUGCUACUGCUGCUCACCACGGUGCUCCAAGGUUGCCGUUUGCGACAACUGACACAUGGCAAUGGAUUCGUGAUGCGACACUCAAGCUGGCGCAAGGAAAGCGACAUGCCGAGCAACUUCGCCGCUUCGCGCGUCUACUUUUGCCGACACCGGAUCUGAGCGGCGCUCUACACCACAAUUCACUGUUCGACAACGUCAUCAUCUACAUGGUCACCUUCCACGAUGUUCACCUGUCGAUCGACACUGCCGCCAACGACCUCUACGAGCCGAAGUACGAGGGCAAGGAGGUCAGCCUGUCGUAUGGCAGCCAGACUUACAUGCUGCAUACUCCGACAGACGAGCCGGACAACAUCGGCAUCCGACCUUCGCGACUCCGCUGCCUGCUCUUUGCUGUGCCGGCCACAACACCUGCUACACAAUCGUGGCGAAUACUUCAACGAGCAGAUGUACAUGCGUCUCCGCCCGCAACAAGCCGAGCGUCAACAGCGACAAUCGCCCCUCACCUCCAUCGCGCUGACUUGAGAUGUGCGACACACAUGCGGAACAACAACGCGUUCACACGCAAGAACUCGUCUCUUGCCGCGCCUUGCCACUGUUUCCGGACAGAGUUGCGCUUCUUCGACAUCACUGUGCCAAAGCCUCCUCUACCGGAUGUCAGCACUCCUGUUGGCCGCUACUCGCAUCACUCGCCGCCUUGCACUGCUGAUGCUCAACACAUUUUCGCGACAUCAAGCCUCUUCGGGGACAACGUCAAGCGGAUCUCUUCUUCUGCUCACCGCGUCGCCUUCAACAUCUUUUUCAGGCGGACGCAAUCGAACAGAGCAAAUGUACCGGGCUUUGCGUCAUACAUUUCGAGACGCUCCCGCAUUCCGACAACAAGCUGGCGC